AUGUGGGUGGUGGGGUUGAGGGGGAGGGGGAGUGAAGCCUCCAUAGGUGGUGAGGGUGAGGCGGUGGGGGGUGGGAAGUGUCCGUGGGUGGUGGGGGCGAGGGGGAGGGAAGUGUCCGUGGGUGGUGGGGGCGAGGGGGAGGGAAGCGUCCAUGGGUGCUGGGGGCGAGAGGGAGGGAAGCCUCCGUGGGUGCUGGGGGCGAGACGGAGGGAAGCCUCCGUGGGUGCUGGGGGCGAGACGGAGAAAAGCCUCCGUGGGUGCUGGGGGCGAGACGGAGGGAAGCCUCCGUGGGCAGUGGGGGCGAGAGGGAGGGAAGCCUCCGAGGGCAGUGGGGGCGCGAGUGAGGGAAGCCUCCGUGGGCAGUGGGGGCGCGAGUGA